CUCCUGCUAACUGGAAGGAAUCAGGGCGUUGCUGGGCACUGAGCCAGGGACCUGAACUCUGCGGAGCAGUGGAUCCGAGCUGGGCUGGCCGCCAGCUCUCAGAGUGCCUGGCUACCUUUGGAGAGGUUCUCCUGCGGCCACAACGGGAGCCCCGAGCACCGGGCCAGCGGGAUGACUCAAGCGAGCUCAAAUUCCCAUAGGUGAGGAGCUCUCCGGCCGAAAACAUUGCCUGCUCCUCCCCGAGCGGCCGCGAGAGUGUCGGCGCCCUCGGUCUGCCCGGGUCUGGUCUCCGGGGCCAGGCCUGGGUUUCCCUCAUGUAUGGCACGAGCCCCACGCGCGUGUUUCUGCUGCUCCUUGGCUUACAGCUCGCAGCUCACGGGCCCGCAGCAGCUGUGGAAAUUUACACCUCCCGGGUGCUGGAGGCUGUUAACGGGACAGAUGCUCGUUUAAAAUGCACUUUCUCCAGCUUUGCUCCCGUGGGCGAUGCCCUCACGGUGACCUGGAAUUUUCGUCCUCAAGAUGGAGGGCCGGAGCAGUUUGUAUUCUACUACCAUAUGGAUCCCUUCAAACCCACGAGUGGGCGGUUCAAGGACCGGGUGGCCUGGGACGGGAACCUUGAGCGGUACGAUGUCUCCAUCCUGCUCUGGAAGCUGCAGUUCGACGACAACGGGACGUACACCUGCCAGGUGAAGAACCCACCCGAUGUUGACGGGCUGAUAGGGGAGAUCCGGCUCAGCGUGGUGCACACUGCGCGCUUCUCUGAGAUCUACUUCCUGGCGCUCGCCAUUGGCUCUGCCUGUGCGCUGAUGGUCAUCAUAGUCAUUGGGGUGGUCCUCUUCCAGCAUUUCCGGAAAAAGCGAUGGGCCGAAGAAGCUCAUAAAGUGGUGGAGAUACAAUCAAAAGAAGAGGAAAGACUCAACCAAGAAAAAAAGGUCUCUGUUUAUUUGGAAGAUAUAGAUUAACAUUCCUAGAUGGUUUUAGGAAGCUGAAGAUUUCCAAGAACAAGAACCCUGAUAGCCCUUGAAGUUAAUGGAAACUUGACUUUGGCUUUUCCCUUGUGACCUGAAUUCCAACCAGUUCUUCAGCAAAGACCCGCCUAGAUAAGCAACAUCCCUCUGGAGCCUGCAUAGGGCUCUUCUUGAGCAAACACUGCUAGAUUCAGACAGUCUCACUGUGAAGGUUUGACUUGACUUCAGAGUACACAUACUGCUCAUAUCUCAUUAGCUCUUGUAAACUGAGAAGCCCCAUUUUUGCUCCAAAAUACUCCUUAAGGAUUAUAACAUAUGUACCCAAUGAUUAACAGUAAACCCAAAACACAAACUGUCAAACAACAUUUGGAUUUUUAUGGCUCACGGGAUACAACCUUUUUAUGGAAUUUCAGUGUCUCAGGUGACAGGUUUGUUUUGUUUUGUUUUGUUUUUGUCAAUCCAAGGCUUACAAUAUCACAAAGUCUAAUUACACAGUAAGUACGAAGCAUUACAUAAUUGAUAACAGACUGGCAAAAGCCACCUCAGGAUGAAUCACUCGUCACCUUUUAUUUGUAUUGUAAAGAAUAAUCAACAGCAUAGGUCUUUCAUGCACAGUGACUGUUUGCCUUACUAGGUUUCCCACCCCAAUUUAAUGAUCUUUAAUAGCAGAUCAAAGUCUGUGAUCACUGGCAAACUGGAAUCAUUGGGGAGUUUAAUAGGAGGAUUCUGAAAUAUUAUAACUUUAAAAACAGGGCUGGAGAAAACAAAAACUACUCUAAAUGAUGAUUUUGUAUUUUACAUAGCUCUGAGAACUGGAAAAGAUUAUUUAUUCUCUUUCUUUAUAUCAAAACUACUUUAACUGAAGGAAACUGAUUUUCUUCUUUGUCCCCUUCGAUUGGUAGAUAAACCAGUCUUUGUAAGUGGACUAUUGAAAGGAGAGUGCCAUUUAGAAAGUGUCUAGUUUCCCAGUGUCUUUCCAAACUUAAGCUACAGAAGCAUUCAUUCAGAGGAUAGAAAAUAUCUAAAAUUGUAGGUGCAUGAGCCACUUGACAGGUUGGUAUUUUUAGUUUUCAUUGACUGGGCUGCAGAUGUUAUUUUUUUUAACAAACUGAAAUUUUUAAAUAGGAUAUCUGUAUUUCAAUAUGCUGAGCCUUGAUAUGUCUUCCAAUAAUGUUUUAAAAAAAUCGAUAUAAUUUACAUUUUCUGAAACUUGUUACAGACCUGUCUCAUUCUGCUUUUUAUACUGUCCAAAAAACUAAAGUUUCAAUGCCCUGUUUUGGAACUAAAAGUUAGAUUUGAAGUCUGUACUACUUUCAAUUCAUAUUUUAUGUUUUUCUUCAUAAUUCAACCUUUGAAAACAUAACUGGAUAUUUCUUCCAGCAGAUGGCUGGAUGAUGUUCUGUAAGCGUAAAGAAGCAAAAACUCAUGGAGAGUCUUUCCAGCAAAAGGUGUAGCUCAUGUCUUGUUUAAACAACUCAGUGGGUAGUGUGGCCCUGUUGUUUACUGUCUUCCUAAAGAGUACUUUUGUAUUGUAAUUUAUUUUUUAUUAUACCUUAAACACUGUGUAAAUAAACCUUUAGUAAUAAAGAAUUAUCAAUUACAUAA